AUGGACACUGGGAGGUUGAAGAGGCCGGCAAGACCACCCCCUCGACUAAGGACCAAAACUGGCUGCUAUACGUGUAGGGCGAGAAGGAAAAAAUGCGACGAAGCGCGCCCAAUUUGCGGGGCUUGCAGGAGACUCGAGAUUCAAUGCACAUACGGAGAAUUCACAAGUCCUACAACGGCGUCGCGGACUCCUCCUAUUCCAUCUCCGAGCGCUCGAAGCAGUACGAUGGCCGAACACCCGGUGGAUGUUUCAUCAAUAGUUCCGAUGCUUCACAGGUCUCUAAGCCAGAAGCCUAGCGGACUGAGGACGGAGCGGGACUGGAACGUGUUCAAUUAUUGUUCAACGCGGUACAUCAGGCUGCUGACUUCGCCUGAAGCUACCUCUGAAUUUCGAGAUGUCUCCUUUGUUUUCGCAAUCGGGUUUGAUGAGCCAUGGGUGAUGCAUUCUGCGCUCGCUCCGGCGGCACUUCAUGCUUCGUUUGCUGCUUUGAUUCCCAAAGAAGACGCGAUGCUAUACACUCAAAGUGCUCUCCAAGGCUUCCAGCAGGCACUCCAACCAACAACACGUCGAUCCUUUCCCAGAGACGCAUUUCUUGCAGCUUCACUAUUCCUCGGCGACUUCUAUUCAUCGUCGUGCAGUGCGAGCCUGACGCAUUAUCGCGCCAUAGCCAAGAUCCUGGAAGGCCAAGUUGCCGAGAUCCCCCGUCUUGAUAUUGGUCAGCUUUCGAUCUUGCAUCUAACUCUACUCGACUCUGUCCUAUAUCAUUUCUCUACGAGGCUUAUAUUCGAGAAAGACAUUGGUGCUACCUGCAGAGCAUUUCCCUACCAGACCGUCAUUAAAUAUAUCGAAGCGCUGGAAGGCGCAAAAAGAGACGGACUUACUGGACCAUUGAUCUUACCGGUCCUUGGCCGGACACCUCCGGCACUGUUCCUUCAGAUUUACCAGAUUACAUGGUUGAGCAGACAGGUUCCCUUCGCCCACUGUGAGCUCUAUGGACUCGCUUUGCAGUGUUCAACCGAGUUAGAGGGUCUUGCGGAAGACCAUCCGAUGAUUGCUUCUGGCAUCAUCCCAUCUCUCCAAUCCACUGUUCCUGUCAGCAUCAGCAACUCCGAGAUCGCCGCAAAGCUCUAUUACAUAGCGACGCAAAUAUUUGUCGCCAAAGUUCUCAAUCCGGAGGAACUCAGCAGCCAAUCUCCACAGAUCCGCGCUCAAAUUUCUAAGGGAGCUGUGUUGUUGGAAAUGUAUGAUGCAUCUUUGCCCUGCGGACAAUUUAUCUGCUGGCCUCUGCUUGUCCUCGGUUGUGCUGCGUGCCCGACGACCAAGUCUGAAGUGCAACAAAAUCAUCUGAGCAACACUUGCGAGCUCCGUCGCUCGAGAAUGCGAUGCCUCAUUCAGGCGAAACUUGUGCAAAUCUGGAACGUCUCGUAUUCAGGCUACGUAAAGCGCACCGCAGGCGCAUUGAAGAAGAUAUGGCAACUCCCCAGCAUACUUGCAAAAGUCCCUGUCAACGGAUAUGCUGGGAAUGAAGAAGGUGAAUACGAUGGACUCAUGGCGCUCAUCCAAAAAGACGGUUUGGGAGCGGCCUCCUUACUUGCAGAGGAUGGCUAG